AGAGAUUAAAAGCCCUGUUAGACCCAGUCUUAGGUUGGACUUCUCCAACGCUCUAUCCGUAUUCAAAUCUCUGACCAGCUCUAUUCUCCUCAGUAGACAGUCAAACCUUCCACUCCGCUUCACUCUUGUAUUGUGGGUUUGUCAAAAGCCUCAUGUAUAAAUCAUUCUGUUUACCCCUCAAUUCCUCAUCACCAAGUUCCUAAACUCAGACCUCAAGCCCAAGCCUUUUCAUGAAUACCCACUGCCCUGCAAUAGAAACCCAUAGCCUUUAAAGGUAUGCCCACUAAGAAUAUAAUCUGGAAAUGAGUGAUGUGCAGUACAGGUAGCUAAGUUUCUUGUCUGUAUUGAGCUCAGUUGCUUGCUGGGGUGCCUGAGAAUUCGGUUUUAGUGGGAGUGAAGAGAAGAAGCAAUGGAGAUAGAAGAGGGGAAAAUUAGACAGUGGGACAAAAUUCGAAGUCAGGAGUUGGACAAUUGUGUCCGGAAUGAAGUAAAUCAUGGGUGUCAAUUGGCAAGAGAGCUGGAAACUAAGCUCAAUUCUACUCAAGGCCCUGAUUUGUACCAGUUGCUAGCGAGCUCUUCUGCUCAAAUAGUGGCUACCUUCUCUAAAGCCUUGGAGAUACUUGAUUUCAAUUCCAAUUCAGGUUCUUAUGAUUGGCAAGAGGGGCUCAGGGUUGUUUUAGAUAGAAAUGGUGAGAGAUUCCAAGGAAGCAAAAGGCUCUUGCAAAUUGAACCGAACAAAGAUAACAGGAACUGCUCUCCUCGCUCUGUAGGUAGGUCCUCUGCAAGUGGUAGCCCGCCCAGUGAAAUGUCCGAAGGUUCUCCGGUUCAUAGUUUGGCUAUUUCAGCAGUGCGCAAAGGAACUGAACAUGUGGGAAGCCCAGAUAAUGGACCAACAAGCAACAGCGAGAGACGAGAAAUCUCCAGGAAGAGGAAAUCACUACCCAGAAGGACUAUAAGGAUAUCUGCAAACAAUUCUGAACCAGGGAAUGAUAUGCCUCCAGAUGAUGGCCACACAUGGCGAAAGUAUGGCCAAAAAGACAUUCUCGGAGCUCAAUAUCCUCGAAGCUAUUACAGAUGCACUCACAAGAAUGAUCUGGGUUGCCAAGCUACAAAGCAAGUGCAGAGAGCAGAUGAUGAUCCUUCAGUCUUUGAAAUAACCUACAGAGGUCCUCAUACUUGCCAUACUGAUCAGCGAAUCAUUCAGAUUCAACUUCCUUUCUCAAUUGGCUCAAACAUUGAUUCAAAUUUGGGUACUUCAAACACCCUUGUCUUUGGGACUGAAUGUAAUCCUCAAUCUAACUCUUCUACACUCCAUGGAUUGCCUCCUAAUCAGUUGCAUCCAAGUUCAAACCAUGCCUCGACAAGUUGGUUUGGUGGCAGUGUUUGCAAAGUGGAAAGUGAGAGCUCAGAUAGUUUCGGCAAGAGUCCAGCUGCAUCCACAGUGUUUCCAUGUCACAAUUUACUUCACAUGGAGGAGAACCCAGCACACAAUGGAAUGCAACCCGGCAGUAGGACUGCAAAGAUAUCUGUUUCUCCAUUCAGAGAUCAAGGAAGCAAUGAUCAGGGAGAGAGUUCUACUGAAAUCAUCACUCAACAGCAUAAUGGAUUGCCUGCAGUCACUGAGGGAGAGCUUGUAUGGCCAAAUUUUGCUCAGAUUUUUAGUUCUCCGACCACUCCUGAGUCAAAUUAUAUUCCUGCACCUACUGCAACAAUGCCAUUAAUACAUGGUAGUACCUAUGGGCAACAACUGCUACCAUCAGAAUCUGAUCUUACAGAUGUUGUAUCAGGUCACACUUCUGCAGCUGAUUCUCCUAUGCUAGAUAUGGAUACAUUUUCCCUGUUCAAUACGGUAAAUUUUGAUUCAUUUUUCCAAUUUGAAAGAAGUGAUCCUUUUUAGGACCAUUCGGUGCUAUAAGAAUCUCUACUCCUCUGGGCUAUAACUACUAAUAUUCUGUUUUUCUCUCAUCCUGGUUGACUUUUCUCUCUGUCUAUCUGCCUGAACUAUGCUGAGUUUCAGCUGUGAGAGAAGUAACCACGGAGUAUUAAGAAACUAUAGCUAACUUGUUCUACCAUAUACCAACAGUCCACGUUGGCCUCUUCUGCAAAGUUUUGCUCUCACUUUGUAGAGCCUGUAAAACAAAUCUGUAGAGGAAAAGUAAAUUUUAUUCCUUACCUUACCAAUAAUUGUAGCACUUGUGUCAACACCACUUGUUUGCUCCUGUCUAGCGGAAAGGAUGGAUCUCGCCUGGCUUCUCAUAGCAAAACAUGCACCAAGUUGUAAAUUCAAGUGGAUCACUAAGCAAGAUUAGAUGAAGAAUUCAUUGAAAAACAUUUUCUCUACCAAGUAAUCAAAGUCAAUGUUAUGUACUUCGUAAUUGAUUCUGUAAAGCAAAUUAUUCCUUCAAGGAGUUUAA